CCCAUUCUUAUGUCGAAGAAACUUAAGAUAGGUUGCAAGACGCACAACGUGUCCCCUGGGACUUCGUACCCAUGGGUGUAAUCGCUGGUUUAACGCGGUAUCCCGAUCAAUCCCCGAUUACAUUUUCAGCACCGGAAGCAUGACAAAAUACACUUUAUCUCCGAAAGUCGUGGGUUCGAUGAACAUCAGGGACCACAGCGGGCAUGGCACUCCCAUCUGACCAGACGAGAGCCGGGUGCGGGCGGAGCUCGGCAGUAUUCAUUACUUUACACGCCGCCCCACCGAACAGAAUAAUCAAGAACGAUCUUUCUGGCCGUUUUGCCAGGAGUGGUAUCUCGACGCGCCGUGACUCGAGUUCGUGCACGGCCGUCGAUCGCGGAUCCGUAGCCCUCAUCUCGGAGUCGGAGGUAGGCAUGCACGGCCGUUCCGAGCUCCGCUGACCUUGCGCUUUGCAAGCUUCAUUCCGCGCAGAGUCCGCCGCUGGCUACGAAAAUCCGUUGCGCAAGCUUUGUCACAACUGGCGCUGGACUAACGUCAAUCACAAGCGGCGCCGUCUUCGACGUCGUUAAUGCAAAUCCUGUGCAAGUGCUUUCAGAGCUGAUGUCCAUAUCGUCGGUCGAGGCAUCCCUGCACAGAUAGUGAUCCAAAUUGCCGGUUGAAAGUGCGUAUAGCGUGUGUUUUCACUCGAGAUGCCGACGUCGGAAUUAUCACCUGCUCGAAUAGCCCACCAAAAUGGCAUCCCAACGGAAUGCGGACGCGCAGACGGCCAGCGACGGGUUGCAGCUACCGAUGCCGGGCUUUACCGAGUUCGCCCGGCGCUUCCCGGAGAUCGCACGAAACGCCUUCCUCGAGCGCCCCAUUCUAAGAUCUGUUCCUCAUCCGUCUUCAAGAUAUUGAUAACUUUCUACGGCGCAUAACCAGACAGAGAGGCUUCCAGCCUCAGUUUGCCCGCUCACAGCGUGCAGCCGAUGCGGUCCGCAUUUGGUCCACAUGCCGCUACCGCGACGGUUUUCGUCGCUGACUUCAUCUAUCGCCGACCACCUCUUCGAGACUUUGACCUCCUUGUACGCGAGAUCCAGAUCUCUCGAUGCCAGAUUCGAAC